CCCUAUUUAAAAAAAAAAAAAAAAACUAUACACAAAUUCUUUAUUCAUUACAUAAACAAUGUGCAAUCAACUGUGCCAAAAUAAAAAUACCAAACAUUUCUUUAGUGUUACUAAAUAUUUAGAAAAUAAGACAUGACAUUUAAGAAGCCACUUAAUCCCAUCCAAAGGAGAUACAAAUCAGACUUAAACGCAGAGAUGGAAGAUUCAAAGGCUGCUGAAGAAGGAUCAACUGUCACGGAAAGCUCUGAGAUAAAUUCAAGUCUAACCGACGCCGAACGGGAGAAUCUGGAAUGUAAAGUUUGCCAUCAACCAUUUGAGAACCUUCAAGAUGUGCUCAAGCACGAAUUGCUCAAUCAUUCGGCGACGAAAAGUGCAAAGAAACGUCCCAUGAAUCAGUUGAAGCGGAGGGUAAAUGCUGUCCUUAAGACUGUCAAUGCCGAAGAGGAAAAGAAGUUUAGACAAAAAUUAGCCGAGGCAAUUUUGGACUGUGAUCAUGGAACAGAACUGAGUGUCAUAUUCAAGAAGUACCUAAUCGAUAAUGAGGAUCUACUGUGCAUCUAUUCGCGCAUCCAUAGCAGCUUGCAGAAGGAAUUGGACAGAAUCGGCCCGUACAACAUUCAACCGUAUGGAUCGGUGGCGAAUGGAUUAGCCCUAAAAUCAAGCGAUAUUGAUUUGCACAUUUCUUGUUCGAACUCGCGCGCUGACCCCAACAUCACCUACAAGGUCAUCACUAAGAUGCUCUAUCGUAGCAAGCAGUUCUCCGACAUUGUACCCAUUCGAAAAGCACGAGUGCCGAUCAUAAAGUGUGUUCAUCUUGCCACCGGAUUCAAUCUUGACAUCAACACCACCGAGCCCUAUGGCAUCCAUAACAGUGAAUUUAUAAACGAACUCAAUCAGACAGACAACAGGAUCUAUGAACUGAUGUUGUUUUUGAAGAUCUGGUUCAAGAAUAUGCACAUCUAUGGAGCCUUCAAUAUGACCAACUACUGCCUCAUGACUCUGAUAAUAUUCUAUUUGCAAAACAGCAAUCCCCCGGUCCUGGCUUCCAUCAAGAUCCUGCAGCGAAAUGCGAAAAAAAAUAUAGUAAAUGGUGUUAAUUUUGGUCUGAACGCGAGAUGCGUCCCAUUGGACUCCAGCAAAGACGUCCAUCAGCUGAUUAAGGGAUUCUUUGAAUUCUACAGCACUUUGGAUUUCGAGAAAGUAAUAAUUGCACCGUAUCUGGGAAAGGUGAUCAAGAAGGCAGAUUUCCAGAACAAGGUCUUCAAAUAUCCCGAAUACGAGGCACAGUUGCGAAUGUUGGCCUCACAAACCGGCGAACCAGCAGAAGAGCUCAAAACAGAGUGUGCAGUGUGUGUUCAGGACAUGUUCUGUCUCAAUAUAAACAUCGCCAAGGGCCUCUCCGAGACAAAUGUUCAAUAUCUGAAGAAAUGCAUAACCAUGGCUCACAAGAAGUGCUGUGAGCCAAAAAUAUCCUUGAAAAAUCUUUACAAAUCACUGCUCGUCAAUAUCAUCGAGGAGCUUAGUCAGAUGUUUCCGGUAGCUGAAACCACCACCAUUGUUGCUGGAGAUCCCCUGACAUUCGACGUAGUUCCUCGAAAGAACGAACUGAAAAUGCUGGCCAAAUUCGCCGACCAACCACUCAACCUUAAGAAGCUAUGGGCCAAGGAAUACAUUGCCGCUAUUGAGCAAAUAAUGACUGAAGUUUAUAAAAUCGAUAUGACCCUUCUGUCGCCAACGGAAAACAGUAAAUUCAAGAAAAUUGACGAAACCGAAGAAUUGCCAUUGCCCUGGAAAUGGUCAGUAAGCUCGUCGGUGGAUUUGUGGACGGGACGUCAGAUGCCAAAGAGUAAUGUUACCUUCAUGGAAUACCAAAUCGCCCAAACGAAGAAGCUUCACGCCGAGCGGAGACAAAAGUCUAACUUUUCGGUACAAUUCAAGGGAUUCAUUACGAUAACCAUAACGAAGAAUUUUAAUUCGCUGCACGUUGAGGCGAGUAGUAAUGAAACGCUGUGCAAAAAGAAUCCAAUGCGUAAGUUUUUCGGAGCACUCAAAUGUUCCAUGCAAAAUUAUAAUCUCAAAAAUAGAAUCCAUCAACUUGAAAGUCAGCGACAGGCAAACGCAGAAGAUGUGUGAUAAGAUGAACUAUUUCGGACUUAAAUUAUUCUUUUUUACAGAUAUAUUUACGUAUACAUAUUUAAUCUUAGAGUAUUUUUCCGUCUUAAGACGAUUGACUGUCAUUUUCUCAAGAUACAAUGGUUCUUAGGUUCAUUUGAGUGUUGGAGCGGUCCUUUCCAAUUUACCAAUACCUUCUUGAUACGAGGAAAUAUUCCUUUAAAAAAAAGCAAUUGAGAGAGCGACUGAUUUUUGUACUUGAAAAUUUUAUCGUAUCAAGAAAAUCAAAAGGCAUCUUCUUACGUUUUUGAUUUUGAGAUCACUCAUUUUUUGAGAUCUCAGAUUAUGGAGGAAGCAUAGUAAAAGGGGGUCAAACAUUUUCUCAGCUCAGCAAUUGUUCUAUGAUAAGAUAAUUAAGAAAUAAUAAGUUCUUUUCCUAACGCAGAUCGUAGCUUUUCUUAGUGUUUCCAUGACGAGGUUUCAACUGAAAAUGAAUAUAUUUUGAGUUUUCAAGCAAUAACGUUUCUUGUUCAAUUCGAAGCUGAAUGAAAACUUUUGUGGGAAGGACGUGGGUAAUGCUUCCAUGAAGUUUCCUGUGAAAAUAUUUUGAGUUUUCAAGCAAAUCCUUAAAUGCAAUUCUUACAUUUGUGCAUAGUAAAUUUCCUUACUUAACUAAUUACCAAAUCGCAACAAUUUUUAAAGUAUACAAAUUUACUAUGUUCAACAUUUCUUGACUCAAAUCGUAUUCGUUUUGAAUGGUAUUUGAAUCGAAUACAAUUUGUGGCGAUUAAUUGAGACGACAGCUCUCAUUUUCAGACACCUUUUAUACCUAGGUUAUGAUUUUAAGAAUUUGAAAAAUGGACACAAUUAUACUAAGUUGGUUGGUCCGCUUUUUAAAGCUUUUCACGUAAAAGAAUGAAGGUGUUUUAACGUCUCACAAGAGUAAGAAGUAAAAUAAAUAGGUAAACCAAAUUUUGUGUUGGCUUCAACAUAACUAAAUUGUAAAAAUGACGGCUUUUAGCUUUAUCAAUCGUGUUUUCGAAUUCAGAAGUCAGAAGGUUUGAAUUCUUCUGGCCAAUGUUUAAAUGAUUUUUAAAACUUUAAUUUUAUCGAUUGAGGAGAUUAUUGGUUUUAUUUUUAGAUCGAUAAAAGUUGUAGGCCCUUUUUACAAAAAUCCAACUGAAUAUUCGACUUAAAACGAUCCUUUGAGAAGUACAAUACGUGUGUGUUCCAAUUGAACAACAUUUCUUAAUUUCGAAAUGAGUGAUAUCAAAAAUCUUUCCUUCAACCUUCGGUUCGCUUUUUAUAACACGGGCCUUAAAAAUUACAAAUAUAUAAAAGAAGCUUUAUUCAUGAUAUUUUCAACUUUUCCAGAGUCGUAGUAAAAAAUCCCGCCAGACUUUUUAAUUGGGAAAUCAAACCGCUAUAAACCUUAAAAACUUGGGUUCUACAUUUAUAAUUCAAAUUGAUCUCAAUUUACAUCACCAAGUUUAAAUUUUUAACAGGAAAUUGUAUAAAACAUGUCACAAAAAUGGUUUUAUGAUAUUUGUUUUAAGGAUUUAUAAACAGUUAGCGAUUAUUAUAAUACAUAUCUAGUAAAAAUAUGUAAGCGGAUGAAUUAUAUUCCAACAUACGGAAAUAGAACAUAAAAUAUUCAUUAUAUUUAAAUUAAUUUGUGUCUUGAGAAAAUGACUUGAAAUAAAAACUUAACGUCUUAAGGUACGAUAAUAAUACUACAAAUUUAAUGUUACAAGAAAAUGUUACUUAUAACGUGUUUGUUAUUAUUAAAUUAGAAUUUAAGAAAAUUAAAUUGAACAUGGCCUUUUUCUUAUUGAAAAACAAAAAAUAUA